AUGGCAGAGGAGAAGAAUUUCCGCUACGGCUUCAUCAUCUUGGGCUUCUUCCUGGUGAUGCUGGGCAUGUUCAUCAUGAGCAUGGAAAAGCCUCAGUACUACAUCACCUUCUGUGUCCUGGGUGUGCUGCUCGUAGCUGUGGGCAUCACAUGGAGCAUGUGCCAGUGCUACCCAAAGAUAACGUUCGUCCCUGCGGACCUCGAGGCCGAGCGGUUCCUGGACCACAAAGCCACGAUGCUGCCCCACAAGGACACAGGCUUGGUGUCCCCCUGCCCCAACCCAGAGGCCAGCAGCACCUACGAGAAGAGCCUGCCAUCCUACGAGCAGGUCCAGAGGCAGGAGGCAAGCUCGGCCCCAGCCCCAGGCAGGGCACAGCCCCGGUCCCGCAGCUGCUCCCAGCCAGCCCUGCAGGCCACAGCAGAGAUCCACCGGGAGCUGGGGGGGGCUGCAGAGUCCCUCCAGGAGCUGGCACCCCUCCUGGAAACAGCAGCAGGCAGAGGCCCCGCCCGGCCAGCCCCGGGAGAUGCCCCGCUGGCAUCCCUGCUGGAGGAGAUGGACACGCCAUCGCUGGAGGGCUCCGUGCCCGGCAGCCCCACGCCGCAGAGCCGGAGCCUGCCCUGCUCCACCCAGCCCGGCCCCCCGAGCGGCUCCCCGGCGCGGGGAGAGCAGCCCCGAGCCCCCCGGAAAGGCGCCGGGAAGGAGGAUGAUCUCUACUACGGGCUCCAGGAGGAGCCGGAUGCUCUGCUCAAGGAGAGUGAUGGCCUUUCUGAGCCUGAAAACUGA